GAAAACUAAAAUAAAAGAAUAAACGAAAAUGCCUGAUCAGCCUGUCGUUUUGCAAAAACGCUUUCGCCACGAAGAAGAGGAAGAAAGGAAAUACGAGAAAGAAGAUAAUUUAGCGAAAAAGUUAUUUAACGUCGAGGAAGGGCAGCUAUGCGGACGUACGCCGUUCAGUUGGUUUCUCAUAUUUCUGUUUAUUAUCAUCUUUUGGAUUUGUAUUGUCUUCUAUUGGUCAUUACUUUAUUAUGUGUUCGCUUCGGGACUUUCGGGUGAAUAUCCUCGAUAUUUUAUGGAUCAACCCGGUUUAAGUUUUGAACCGUGCAUUAUUGAAAAAGGCGAAAAGAGGAUUGAAUAUAGCGAGGGUAGCGAAAAACACAUCGAUUUGUAUACGGAAAAGAUAUUUAAAAGUCUGGCCAAAUAUGGCGAAGUACCACCAAAUCGUUUUGGUUUAUGCACUGAAGAAUCUGAUUUCGGUUACCAUCAUUUGCAGCCGUGCUUCUUUUUAAAAGUGAAUAAGGUUAUUGGAUUUAAGAUUGAUGCCUACAAGACGGGUGCAGAUAUGCCGAAAGAAGCUCCCGAAGCUCUAAGAACGUAUGCCGAUGAAUUAAGCAGCGAAAGUACUAUGAAAAAAAUCUGGAUAUCAUGUACAGCUGAUCCCCCGCUACAAUUCUUACACUUCCCGGCGCCAUAUGUUGAGGAUAAGGAUAUUGAAUUAAAUAGUGGAACAUUUUAUGUUCCAAAAGAUGAAUCGCAAUUAGUCGUCGAAAACCUUAUUGAAGAAGAAAAACAGAUUUCUCGAGAAAAUUCAAACUAUUAUAAUCUAAAUGAUUUUAAACGAAUAAUAGCAGUCCGUCCCUCUAAUCUGACUCAUAAUACAAAUCAUAGUAUUAAAUGUCAAAUGUGGGCGAAAAAUAUCGUUCAAGAGACUCAAUCGACCAACUCAUUAAUGAGUCGUGGUUAUAUACGUUUCCGUUUGGGAGUAAAGGCCCCCGGUACUCAUUUAUGAAAAGAUGGCAAUAAAUGAAAAUCAUGGAAUGGAAAACUCAGGCCUAACUUAUUGAUUCACAUUUUCUUCAUUGUUUAUUUAGAAACUCUCUUAUUCAUAGGUACAAUUAUUAAAGCAGAAUAGCAGCGAGAAUUAGAAAAACAAGGAAAUAAAUAGAUAAGAAAGCGGUCUAUGUCAAGUGGCUAUCAGAAUGUAAAACUAAUUUUGAAUUCAAUUUUAACGCAGAAUAUCCAAAAAUGCAUCAAAUCAUAAGUAAUACGGAAGUAAUUAAGCUUUGUGCUUGGAGGAAAUGAAAAAAUUCGACGCAUUUCCGCCAGACUCGAAAGCUAUUGUUUUCCCAUCGUUGUUGCCAUUCUGCCAACAUGCUGUAAUUUCAUUCGCCAGUAGUUCGUUCUUCUUUACCACUAUGGAUACAUAAUUGUUACUUCAAUUCUACCUCGAUCCAUAAUAUUCCUGCCAAAACAGUUGACGCUGCCUUUGAAACCGUACGCUGGGCAGAUAUCAUUCUCAACCGUGCACAGCCUUUGAACCGAUUCCAGCUUUCGUAGAAGACGUUUACUUCGUAAUACUUUCUCUGCCCAAAUGUGUGCCGAAUACAUCAUUCGCGCGUAGACUACGCUGAAUCUAAGUUUUCGUCUCGUCGUUUGACAAGGUUAAACUGCUGUUUGGAAAAGCCGCCCCAGCUGAUUUUGUAAUCUUAAUAACAUCACUCUUUCGAAAGUGCCGAUGUUAUCCAGGAGGAUAACGGGCUACUUAAUGGCUUACUGGGCUUUGUAGGCCCAGACUAGAAGCUGGCUUUUCCACAACUGGCCAGUCUAAGGCACAAGUAUGUAUUAUCGGGUAAAUCCAUAAUGCCAUAAGUUGCCAACCAAUUGUAUUAUUUCGUUUGGUUUUCCCUCAGGCCUCGUAGUUUUCUUCUUUUUUUUUUGAACGCUCGACACGUCAACUAUAUUUUUUCCACUGUAACCAUAUUCCCAGGCAAGACUCCUGUUAACUCUAUUGUAGCCCCAGAUUGAUGCUUGGUAGUUGAGAAUAGCUCUUCUACGAUUAUUUACGCAGUAUAUGUAACUCUCUGUAUAGGCUUUCUUUGAUUAUCGUUUUGUGCGACAGGCCCCACGAAUCGUUAUUUAUAUCCUCACAUCUCAGUUUAUCGUUUUUUAUUGUUACACCGAGAGACUUCAUCGCAUUUCUCUAAGACUCCAGAUGAUUUGCAUUCCCUUCGCUUUUAGAUACUCCGACCUCGAAUUGUUUAUUUCUUCAUUCCCUCAAUAUGAUGGUGUCUAUCUUCUGUUAGAACCACUAAUUUUUUGCAUUCCUAUCUCACUUCUAUGUGUCAAUGUGUGGCUGGAUAUAAUCCGCAAUAGCAUGUAGAUCUUCUUUCUGACAAGAUUUAGUAUAUCUAUAUAUCUAUAUAUCUAUUUCUGCAAUUAUAAACCAAAUGAAUCUGUACUCCGCAUAUCCUCAACAAUCUCAACUAAGGGCCUUUAUAGGCCUUACGAAAGUUGCAACUUUAUACAUGCCAUAGAAAUUUUUUUUCAUAAGUUGUUCGUUAGAAUUUUAAAGGAAAAAAAAAACAAAAACAAAAGAAGAGAUUAUUUUUCAAGCAUUUUAGAUACUUAACUAUUUGUAUUACAUUUAUUUCAGUUCAUUAAUAUUAAAUUGACCUUUAUUUUCAAAAAAAAAAAAAAAUUCUCAUAACUUUGGAAACACUGUACUAAUAUGUACUUUAGUUUCAUGCAAAUUUCUUCCGCCCACUCGCCCUAGAGAAGAAUUUAAUGCUAAUGAGUGCAAACGUAGUUGCAUAUAAUAUGUUUAAGAAUUUAAAAGCCAGAUAUUUGUUUAGUUGCCAAGUAA